AUGUUUGGUUUCAAUCCAAAAACGUUAUUUGUGUUCGGAGACUCGUACGCGGACACCGGAAACACACCUGUCACAAUCGCCGCCUCGUGGAGGUUUCCUUACGGAAUCACUUUUCCUGGAAAACCAGCCGGCCGGUUUUCUGAUGGUCGUGUCUCCACUGAUUAUCUUGCGAAGUACCUUGGACUUAGAACGCCGACUGCAUACAAGUGGAGAAGUUUCGCACGAUCGAGACAAGUCGUGAAAAAAGGAAUCAAUUUCGCAUACGGUGGAGCCGGCGUGUUUAAGACAAUCUUCAAAGUCCCCAAGGCGGGUAGGCAGAUCGAUUCCUUUGAACAACUCAUCCGGAGAAAUGUUUAUUCACCGGCUGAUCUCAACUCUUCCGUCGCUCUCUUUAGCAUCGUCGGCAAUGACUACCUCACUUACAACAGACUCAACGGUACCUCUCAGGGUCGUCCAGAAUUGAUAAGGAGAGUUGUGAAAGAGAUUUUGUUGAAUGUGAAGCGAAUUAAGGAGUUGGGAGUGAGACAGGUGUUAGUGGCUAUGUCUACGCCGCAGAAAUGCAUGCCGUUGCUUACCACUACUAAAGGCUGCAACACCAGUGACACGUUCACGAACCUCCACAACACUCUUCUACGUGAAGGACUGAGAAAACUAAACGAUGAGAGUAAUGAUAAAAGUUUCCUCGAGUUUGAUCUCUACAAUGCUUUCUUGAGCAUAUUCAAUAACAAAGGGGUUCCUGGAGUUUCAAAAUUUGCGGACCCAUUGAAGGCAUGCUGUGUGGGAAACAAAAGAGGCAACUCUUGUGGAGAUGUAGGAAAGAAAGGUGAAAAGUUGUUCAGUCUCUGCAAAGAUCCAAAGUCAUUCUUUUUCUGGGACGAUGUUCAUAUUACCGAUCAAGGAUGGCGUUCUGUAUUCUCUCUUCUUCUACCUGACAAACAAUUUUAA